ACCCCACGACGGGCGAGAGGGGGGAGGAAGAACAAAUGAGAAGGCGGAGGAGGCGCGCAUUAUCGUUCUGUUGAUCCAUCCUUGCUCGCUCGCUUUUUCUUUCUCUCUCGCCCCCCGUGAUUCUAAAUUCUUUUUUUUUUUUCCGUUCCUGUCUCUCCCACUUCCAAUCUGUUCCGGAUUUUGAUUCCCCGGUGGGGUUUUGGCGGAGAUCGGUGAAGGGAAAUUAGCUGGGUGUUGGAGCUUUCCCAGGCGAUAAUCAAUUCUUCGGAGAGAUUUGGAGGAGUUUCCGGCGGGGAAGGAUUGUAUGUUUCGGCCUUUGGUUGACGGGGAAGAAAUCCGGGGUCCCUGGAGGACUUGAGGGAGUGAAUCGGUGGUUUGAGAGUUCGAUUUGGUGGGAAGCCGCCGGGAGAGGACCCAGGAGUUUUCAGGAAGGAAUUAUUGAAACUUUCCUGUUUUGCUUGGGAUAUUUUUUCCCCCCCUUUCUGCCUCUAUAUCUUUUUUCUGCUGGGGAUAUUUCCGGAACGCGGCUUGGUUUCAUCCUGUCUAGAGCCAUUCCUUCGUGAUAAUUUGUGGUUCAGCGACUGGAGAUUGGGCGGAAGUGAUGCUUUGAGAUGAGCAGUAUGCUCUGAUUCUGAAUUCGAAGGGACUCUCUCUUUAGUGAACGCGGUGAUCGGCUUUUUCCUUCUUGAACUCUGUGUUACCGUAGAGUGGUGAUGGCGGAGAUCUGCUGUGAGGUAGCCAGCGAUGGAGAGGCGGCGCCCGAGUGUGUGCCGAGCUCGGUGGCAACCAGGAGAAGGCGCUUGGAGGUUCGGUCGUUUAAGUUGAUAGCCGACGUGACUGCGUCUUCGGCGGAGCGAGCCAGGAAGCGGCAGAAAGCCGUUGCUCCGGUUGUGCUGCUGCAGUGCGGCGACACAAUAGAGACUUGCUCUAAGCCGUUGCUCAUAGAGAAGAAGAAGGAUGAUGACGCCUUUUCUGGUGAGCAGAGGCAGGACCCUGUGCUGCUUCCCGGUGGGGAAAGGAAGGAUCCGUUGGAGGUACCUGCCAGGCCGUCGGUGGUCAAAGAUCGCUGCCCUAGGUUCGGGACGUCGUCCCUUUGUGGCCGAAGGAGGGAAAUGGAGGAUGCCUUAUCGACAGUUCCGGCGUUUUUUAGACGCUCAGCCUGGAAUUCUGGGGCUGGAUUUCAUUUUUUCGGCGUCUUCGACGGCCAUGGUUGCUCUCAUGUAGCGUUGUCUUGCAAGGACCGAAUGCACCAUUUGGUUGCGGAAGAGCUCGGAUUGGCACCGGGGCCGGCGCCUGCCGAAAACCAGAAUGGCCGGAAAUUUCCUGAAUGGAAAGAGGCGCUCGAGCGUAGCUUCUUGCGAAUGGACAAGGAGGUUUCUGGCGAGGUGGCUACCGAUAGCGCGUGCAAGUGCGAGGCCGGGACGCCUCACCACGCGGCCGUUGGCUCGACGGCUGUGGUAGCCGUGGUGAGUCCCACCGAGAUCGCCGUCGCAAACUGUGGCGACUCGCGGGCGGUCUUGUGCCGGAACGGCACCGCCGUCCCCCUCUCAUCGGAUCACAAGCCGGACCGGCCGGACGAGCUUCUCCGGAUCCAAGCUGCCGGCGGACGCGUCAUCUACUGGGAUUGCCCGCGCGUGCUCGGCGUGCUCGCUAUGUCCCGCUCCAUCGGGGACGACUAUCUGAAGCCGUACGUGAUCUCGACGCCGGAGAUAACGGUGACGGAGAGGGCGAGGGGCGACGAAUGCCUAAUUCUGGCGAGCGACGGGCUGUGGGACGUGAUGACGAACGAGGAGGCAUGCUCCAUCGCGUCGAGGUGCCUGCAGGGUGCGGGAGGCGACGGUGAUGGUGAAUCCUCGGCUUCCGGCGAGGGCGACCCCGAUCCUGCCUGCACCAUCGCGGCCACGCUGCUGACCAAGAUGGCCCUCAUUAGGCAGAGCUCGGACAACGUGAGCGUGGUGGUUGUGGAUCUCAGGAGGAACGUGUUAUAGUACCAACCGUGAUUGUGGGGAUGCCCGACCCAGUGGACGUCCUCAUCAGUCUCUGGGAGGUGUGCAAAAAGCAGAAAAAGAGAUUAGGAAAAGAUUAAAGAAGAAGAGAUGAAAGGGGGAGGGAAGGAUCUUUAUUUCCUUGAGCUUUGGUUCUUUCGUUCUUUGCUUUGUUGGUAGGACGUCAUAUGGGGAUGGGGGGUUUCAGGGAGGGAAAAUACUCCGUUUUCCGAUCAACUAACUGAUGGAGGCGGGACGGGGGAAUACUAAAUUGGACAUACAGAAUGUGAGCGCGAGAGAGAGGGGACGGGGAGGAAACUAUGUGGCAAAUGCCACUCAGCCAAUUUGUUGUAAUCCAAAUGGAAAAAGGAUAUUGUGAAAGUAAAAGAACUUGUUUGUUUGA